AUGGCAUGCAGUGUAGGUACGCGAAAAGCGGAUUAAAAUUACCACGAACGCUUUAGUUGUGUAUCAUAGAUAGGAAUAUAUCCAUUUCCCAAUAUUAAUACGACCUUGUUUAGGAAUGUCUACGAUAUUAUUUAAUACGACCUGGCUUAUUUUGUCCCUGCCUAAUAUAACUAUAUAAUAGGUAUUUCACAGUCUUUCUUUCAAGAAUAUCGUUUUUGAAAGAUAAGGAUAUAUCUGCACCGAGUGUUUUAUGGUGUUCAUUAGUGACCACCUCCUCCUCGAUGUAGGUGAUCUGUUCGUCAAUACAAAUGGGAAACGCCGAAACGGGGAUCUUCUGGGAAACGUGGAGAAAACCUGAAUUGCUUACCUAAAUAUGUUUUUAGUAAUGGUAGUUAUUUUCUUUAUUUUGCUAAUGAGACUUUUGGUCUUCUUUUUGGCAAGAAUUAAAUUAAAUCUUUCUUGUAAUCUAUAUACAACCUAUAUUUUUCUCUCUAGGGUGUUAAAUUGAAAGAGGGAAAUGAGGUGUAUGAUAAAUGGCUGCAUCCUGAAACCCCAGUUUACAUGUCGUAUUAUAUGUUUAAUGUGACCAAUGCAGAAAACGUUAGUAAAGGUGGAAAACCAAACUUACAACAAUGUGGACCUUACACGUACAGGUAUACUAAUUAAAUUUAAACUAGAAAAUACAUGCAUGCAGAAACCCUCGCCUUGCUGACAAAACCAUUGUAUUUUCCGAACAUGAUGUAUCUAAAGUAGUUGUCAUGGUAACACGAUAAUUUUUUAAGAAUAUUCUUACAAAUGAAAAAUCGCCUAAAAAUAUCACUUUUAAUUACAAAAUUGUCAAUUUCCCAACAUAUAUAUGUUAGGAUUGUUAUUAUACAUAAUAUAAGCUUCAAUUUAAGGUAAAAUUCAACCACACAAACGCUUCGCAAAACGUUUUAAAGUGUUCUGUAUAAAACUAUUAAAACUGCCUUUAAUUAAAUGGCUUUAUCGAUAAACUUUCCCUGCUGACAGAGGUCUCUAUUUGUCAAAUUCUCGCAUGCAAAUAACUUCGCUUUCUUUUUUAUUUAAAAAAUUCACUAUAUUAAAAAAGGGAAUCAAUAUUAAAGAUACACUGAAAUUAUAUGCUGUCCUGUUUAGUUGCUUCAUAUAUACGCAAAGGCCUUCGGGUUUUAAAGCAAUUAUAAAAUCAAUAUUUAAAACAAACUUACCUUCGUUAACGUUGGCUCCCUUCUUUUAGCCGAUUCUUUCGCCCUUUGAAAUUCUUUCGCCCUUUGAAAUUUACAAACUCUUGCAAAAAUGCGAGCAAAAAUGAAAUAUAUUUGCAAGAAAUUUAUCAAUCAUCAAAUCAAGAAAUGUUUGCUAUUUCGCUGUCGUCAUGCAGUCGUUUAAUGCAAACUUUAAAUUGGACCAAUCAGUGUCCGCUAUUCACGACAGUUCGCGAUAUAUUUGAGAUCAGUGAGGAUGACCACCCACGGUUGGUCACCCACGCCCGCGAUAUUUGCUGAACUUUAGACUCCGCUAAUGCUUUCGUUUCCCCGGGUGUAAAUAGCCGGGGGGAAUUAGUACCCUCGCAUGGCGCUUCGCGCCGUCGGCUCGGGGCAGGGCGCUUAUAUAGAGGGCGGUGAAACCACAGGGGGUCCAACUAAGAACUGUGUUCUGAAUAUGAAUAAAACAUUAAUUAAAAGUAAUAUGAAUAAAACAUUAUAACAUAAUAUAUUUAAAUUAUUGCACUUACUUGUAUAAAUCAUAAGAGCUUGCCUUUGCACUGAAUAGUUUCAAACAGAGCGCUUAUACAUGCUCAGAAUGAUUGCUUCGAACGAUUGUUGGUCUUUGUUCAAAUAUGGCGAAUAAAUUGACAAAACGAAAAUAUUACAUGACGUUCCAACGAAAAUAACAGCAGGGAUUGCGGGCGCGCGAGCGAAAAGGCGAGGGAAGAAAUAAAUAAAAGGGAUGAAACAAAUAUCACGUGACUUUUUAAAAUGCUUCUAGACUAUCCGUUUAAGCUUUUUGUGGUUUUUUUUAAGGCUCAGUCGAUGUUCUCUUACAUGAACAAGCCUAGUCAUUACCAAAAAAGCACUGAUCAAUCUAAUUUAUGUGAUUUAUAACAGCGAGCAUUCUUGGCCAUUUUCGCGAGAUGUGUUCCAUAAGUAGCCUGUUCUCGUGACGUAUGACGAAAUAAUAAUAAAUCUAAAUAAUGUAAAAAAAAACGUUGGUCGCUACAUUUAAAUAUUUCAUAUUAGCCGGUAUAGCUAAACAUUGUUUAUUUUCAUUAAUUAAGCGCUUAGGCGUUGUUGGAGUUGGCAGGAGGCGUUUUGGAAUUUUCCGAGAGAACAGGCUACUUAUGGAACACAUCACACGAUCGCAUUACCGGUGUUUCAUCCCUUCUAUUAAUAUCUAUUACCCUCGCCUUCCGCUCGCGCCCGCAAUCCCUGCUGUUAUUUUCGUUGGAACGUCAUGUAAUAUUUUCGUUUUGUCAAUUUAUUCACCAUAUUUGAACAAUCUUUCGAAGCAAUCAUUCUGAGUAUAUAUAAGCGCUCUGUUUGAAACUAUUCAGUGCAAAGGCAAGCUCUUAUGAUUUAUACAAGUAAGUGCAAUAAUUUAAAUAUAUUACGUUAUAAUGUUUUAUUCAUAUUACGUUUAAUUAAUGUUUUAUUCAUAUUCAUAACACAGCUCUUAGUUGGACCCCCUGUGGUGAAACGCGCUGAUGUCGUGCUGAUCGAUGUGUGAUGCGGAAAAGGACUGGCACGAGCGUGCUUUUCGGCAAAAGUUGACAAGGAGCGUGAUUUUUCCUGCUGUUGUAUUUUUGCUGUUUUUUCAUUAACUACGAAAUUCUUGAGGAUGUUUUUGCACUGUAACGACGAAGUAGUAACUAGUGUAUCGUACGAAUGCUUGUUUGGCCUGUAUAGUUGAAUUUUGAAAGAAAUUUUGAGGAUAAUGAGUCGGGCUUUUGAUGACUUCAAUGAAGGGAAAUUUUCAAAACAGCAUUUGGGCAUGUUAUCAAGUCGUCCAAACUUCGAAAUUUAGUUGAUGGUAAAGAUUAUAAUUAUGUGCUUAUCUCCAAAAGUUUUCAUAAGAUUCGGAGUUGAGCAAUUGAAUACACAGCGUUGGAAAGUGAGGUAUUUUUGUGUGUUAAAUUUUGCCUAAUUAGACCAUUAUUUCGCUGCAAAAAAAUAAACAACAAUUGUAUUUUGGCCAUGUCGUGAUUUUUGGUUAUUAUGUUAAUAAUUUUGUACGACUUUUAAGGCAUUCAAUUGAAGUAAUUCUGAGCCGUAAACAUAUUUUACUUCUUGGCCUUUGAAUCAAAAUACGACUCGCUCGGACGUUUGUCGAGCGCAAUAGUCGAAAAAGUUUCGUCCCAACUUUGAUUUUUUUUGACUGGCUGGCCAAGACAACUUCUCGUAAGGAUUCGUUAAAAAAAUACAAAUUCAAAUUGAGCAUUUCUUGAUUUUCAACUGAAAAGAUCAACUAGUGGCUAAAAUUAAUUGUGAAUUGUAUUCUAUCGAACGUGAACGAUACGUGUACAUCCGAAGAGUUUUAAAAACCUUUCACGUCAUGCUUCUUGCGAAAGCAACCGUUCGUAAGCUUUCGCAAGCGUUUUGAGCAAAAACUCUAAAAUAUUGGCAGUAUUACCUGAAAAUACAAUAGCAGAAUCUACUAAAUUAUCGUAUAACAUCGGAAUUUUACCCCCAAUAUCUAUUUCUUCAUCAAAACUUGACUACAAAACAGUAAAAACUUCCAGCUCAGUUUUCCCGCCAUAUUUACCCUUGCCAUAUAAGACAACGUCGCCAUAGUAACCACAACAAACUCGUUACCAGCUCAUUGCAUCACACAUCGAUCGGCGCGCCUAUAGCCGUUUCACCGCCCUCUAUAUAAGCGCCCUGGCUCGGGGAUAAACUAACUUAAUUUGUUUCUACUGCAUGGAUAGCUCUGCCAGUUGUAAAUUACUUCCUAGCGUUACUACAUGAGGAAACUGGAGUAGCUAGAGAAACCGGCGGUGUCUGGUAGACCGGCUCGAUGAAAGCACUCUUCCAGCAUCUGACUAUAAGGCAAUUCCCCGAUUUACCGAUCGAAUACACGUAUGAAAAGUUAUGAUUCGUACUGUAUUGAAUGAAAAUUUAACCGAUUACCUCCAUAACAAGAGAAGUGCUUUCCUUUUCAAAACCUUUUCAAUCACAUGUUGCUAUAUAAAUGCAUGUUGGUUGGCUGUCGCUGUUCUUCGGCGCCACGCAGGAAACACGACAACGCGCGUGAAUUUUACCUCCAGACACGCGUCUGGAGGUAAAAUCUGGUUUCAGGCAAGUCUGGGCAUGUUCAGUUAAGGUAGCGUUCCAUAUAUUUUAGUUCAAUGCUUAAUAAUGUUGAUUGAGCUAGUCCUGUGAGCUCUGUGUAUAUCUGGAGUAAGAACUUAGUCAUUCAGCUUAUAAGAAACGUGAAGCAAGAUUGCGGAAAUCGACGUCCAAAACUGCGAAGGUCGUAAACAUUUUUCAUACCAUUUUUCCCAGCUAAUGACACUUUUUUCUAACGGAUCCUAUCGCUAUUCAAGUUCUCAGUUCAUAUGCUUACUUAUUAUUAAACUAUGGUUCUUUAAAACACGACAUUUUGGCACACUCCUUGCAGUCUUGUGUUCACCACGCAGACAAAAACAAUAGGAAGAGACUGGCACUGGACGUCAAUUUCCGCCAUGUUUUGGCAAUUUGGCUUCACUUUUUUAACUCGACUUCUUAGUCCAGGUAUACAUGGAGCUCACUUGUUUGGUCCGUGCACUUCCAAUCACACGCAACCUUUUCCAUUAUCAGUAGAAAUAUCGUAUAGUUGAAAGAGUUCAUAUUGCAUGUGGUGGGCUAAUUUAGAGAUGAUCAAAUACUGAUAUGAAUUCUGAUUACAAUGUUAGGUGUAUGGUUCCUGUUUGAUUACUGUACAUGGGCCGAUCGAUUUCCUGCAAGAUACAGUAUGCUCUUUCUUUAAUUGUCGCCUGCUGCACUGCGCCCAUCUCACUAUAAAAAAUCAGCAUCACGACCAAUAUUAUUAUUAUUAUUAUUAUUAUUAUUUAAGCUUAUUUAUUCACGGUAGCCUUUCAGAAGCCUGUUUUUCAAAGGGCCGUGCACACUUACUAUAAACUAUUAUAAGAAUAUUAAAAUUAUUAACUAAAAAAAAAAAAAACAAUCAUGCAUAAUAUACUCUAUUUACAUCGGCAAGGCAUAAUGCUUUGAUAUGGUUUGGCAGGAUGACCUCCCAAUUCAAAAACACAAGCCAUCUAUUAAUUUUUUAAAAGAACAGAUGGAAGUUUCAGGUAUUUCCGUAAUUGGAAGUUUUUCCAUUAACAUUUGGUUCCAUGAAACUGCUCCUCUAUAGGAGAAGCUUCGUUUUAAAAAAUUCGUCUUAGGUUUUGGUAGGUAAAGCUUUUGAUGAUUAUUUCGUAGUUGGUAGGUUUGGUUAACGGAGACAUGAAACAUCUGUGUUAAGUAUUCUGGAGCCAUACCCCUAAGUGCUUUAAAUGUCAUCACUAAUUCUCUCUUUUUUAGUAUUGAUUGUAUUUUUGUCCAUUUGAGCAUUUGAAAAAUUUCAGAAGAUCGUUCUUCUAAGCCCGAACUGGUAAUGAUCCGUGCUGCACGCUUUUGCAAUUUCAGCAUUUUUUCGGCGUGCAUUUUAUUACCAUCAUACCAUAUAGUUGAACAAUAGUUGAAAUAGGGGAGUACAAAUGACUUAUACAUCAUCUGUAGUGUUGCUUGAGGUACGUAAGGCUUCACUUUUCGUAACAUAGCUAUAGAACAAGAAAUCUUUUUAGUUUGUUUUUCAACAUGUUUUGUCCAUUGUAAUUUAUCGUCUAUUUCUAAGCCUAAGACCUUUUUCUUGUAAACCCGUUUGAUUAUAUGAUCUCUAAUUUUAAUAAUAGGGUCAUUUCUGAUCUGUUUUAAGCGCUUUCCUGAGCCGAUUAGCAUAUACUCGGUUUUUUCUUCAUUUAAUGUUAAUUUGUUUGCAUCUAACCAAGUCUUAACGUUUUGGAUUUCCACCCCCAAUUUGUAUUCAAUUUCAAAAGAAGACUCCCCAGUUGCAGUUAAGCUUGUAUCAUCAGCAAACAUGGCGGGUUCAGUUAUUUCUAAACUAUUUGGCAGAUCAUUUAUAUAAAUUGUAAACAGAAGUGGCCCAAGGUUAGAUCCUUGUGGGAUGCCGCAUGUAAUAUUUUGGAAGGUUGAUAGCGAGUUAUUUACUUUGCAAAUUUGUUUCCUGUUACUAAGAUAUGAUUGAAACCAUGACAGUGCUAAUCCACGAAUUCCAUAACAUCCCAAUUUGGAUAAUAGAAUCUUAUGGUUUACCGUGUCAAAGGCCUUUUUAAGGUCCAAAAAUAGGACACCAUUAAUCAAACCAGCGUCCAUGUUUGCUAACCAGCUAUUAGUUACAUGUAGUAAUGAUGUUUCAGUUGAAUGAUUUACACGAAAUCCAGACUGAAAUUUGGAAAUUAUUUGGUGGUGUUCCAAAUAUUUCAUUAAUUGUUCAUGUACAACUUUCUCAAAUACUUUGGGAACUAUAGAAAUGACAGAAAUCGGCCUAUAAUUACCGCAUAGGGUUUUUUCUUCUGAUUUGUGGAUAGGUGUUACUUUAGCAAUUUUCCAGUCAUCUGGAAAAAUUCCAGUCUUAAGAGAUUGGUUAAAUAUAUACGUUAGUGGCACAACGAUUGCACCCCCAGCGGCCUGCAAUAGUUUCACAGAAAUUUUGUCAUAGCCCGAUGAUUUAGCAGUUUUCAUUUGCUUAAUUUCCUCCCUAACUUUAUCAUGGGAUAUAGUUUGAAAAUCGAAGUUGUGUGGUGUAGAUGUUACGAAAGACAGUGGAUCGACAUCACUUGCGUCUAUAUUUUCAGCUAAACGUGUACCUAUGCGCGAGAAGAAGCUGUUAAAUUCUUCUGCAAUAUUCUCAUCUCCUACUAUUUUUCCUUCGUCAACAACCAAUUCAUUAAUUAUAGUAGUUUUUUAUGCAUUGUUUAGCAAUUCAUUUAUCAAUUCCAAUUCUCUUUGUGGUCCUUGCAUGCAUUUAGUUUACUUUUAUAAUAAUUGCUUUUGGUUUCCUUGAUUGUUUUAUUCAAAUUGUUCCUACAUUGUUUAUACUCAUUAAAAUAAUAGAUUGAGUUAUGCGUGACCGCUUUCUUUUUUAGGAAAUCUCUGCGGUGACCAAGGUACUUAAUCUCCGUAGUUAUCCAAGGGUUAUAAGUGCUUAUAACUUUCCUUUGUCUUAGAGGUGCAUGCUUAUUAGCUAAAGAUAGAAAUAUAGUUUUCCAUACAUUCCAAAUCUCAUUUGGGUCAUCAAGAUGAUAAACAUCAUUAGCAGCAAAAGCUUGAUUUAAGUCAUUUUCAAAUGCUCGACUGUUAAAAUGUUUAAAUUGCCUAGUUUCAACAAUUUUUGGUUUUUCCCUUUGGGUACUAGAACAGAACUAUCCAUAUUUAUGUACAUGGCCCAUUGGACCUGCAUGAGCACAACCAUGCAGGAAUUUCCAGGUCCGGUGGAACCCGAGUAAAAACGUUUAAAGCAAACUUGUAGUUUUUGUUAACAUCUAUCACACAUUAUAAACUAUGGUGAAUUAAAACCAAACUUUACAUUGAUAACAUUUCUUUUAUCCUUCGUAUAUAGACAGGUGUACAACAAAACAGUCAUAAGUCGAAAUAAGUACUCAAGCGGCAGUUUAACGUAUUUAAAUGGGAAACAUCACAUUUUUGAAAAAGAACUCUCGUGUAAGAACUGUGAUCCAAAUCGUGAUUCCAUUAGAAACGUCAAUCUCCCAUUUUUGGUAAGUUUCAAGUAGUUGUUUCUUUUAAAAUCUAAAGCCGUUUUGGGUGUUACAAGAAAGCUUCGGAUUGAUAGGGACACAACUACCUGAAAAAUACAAGGAGGACGUCCGUUGUGUUUUACAGUAUACUUCUUAUCAUAUUAAUAAUUCAUUUAUCCAUUAAUUUAUUUAUUCACAAUCACCAUCGCCAAUAUUUAUCAGAUUCUUCAUGUGUCAUUUUGCUUUCCGACUUAUUGAAUUAAUUUCACAUUUUCUUUCAGACAACUCUUGAAAUUAUUAUAAAAUACAUCAAGGUGAAAGAUCCAACGAGUCUGUCAUUUGCUCUGAGUGUUAUGGACGACAUAUUUGUAAAACUUAAUUUACAAGAUUUCCACGCACGUACUGUUCAUGAGCUGCUAUGGGGGUAUGAAGAUACUGCGUUGAGCAAAGCUUAUGGUAUCUUGAUUGGCUUAGUAAAGUCUCGUGAUCCUUCAUUCAAUAUAGAACUUCCAAAAAUGUUUGCAUUGCAGGUAGGUCUGCCUCACUAGGGAGAUACAAACAUGCGGGUGCAUUGUAAGUACAGUUUCACAAGGCAGGUCAGGUUGCAGUCAGACUGCGGUUAGGCUAAGGUGGUUGAUGUUGCCCGAAUAGACGCCUGCUACGCACAUGCUAUGCCUAUGGUCGAUGUUAAUGCUCGAUGUUGAUUCAAAUGUCAACGACAUAUAGUAGUCACGGAAUAUAUUCUUCCGAAAACUGCUCAGUCUUGACUAUAGAGCCUUGUUUUUGUGAUUAGAGCCUUUUAUCUUUUUACAAAUGACUCAUUUACGACAACCUGCAUAUAGUUAUAUAAUUCAGUGAAUAUAGAAGAGUUUUUAUAAUUACGUCAUCAGUGACAAGAUAAAAGUUCCAUGCACAGCCACGGCUAAAUACUUUCCGGAAGGGUUACAAACACUCGUUUAAAUCUUUUGAAUAACCUCUUGGAGGUUUUUUGGGAUUGCGUUUAAAAGAAUAAAACAUUUCGAGCAAAGACCUUCGUCAACGAGUCGGCUAUACUAAUUCUGAUACUGUACGAACUUUCUCAAAAUACGACAGUAUAUUUACUAUGUGGAUGAUGAUAAAAAACAAAUGUGAAUAACGUUUGGCAUAAUAAUUAAAUUCAAAUGAAAUUCAUCAUAUGGAAUUUUCUUUUAUAGGAAAACAAAUCAUCUGUGUUGUACACGAUUGAUUCAGGAGAUGAUGACGUAGACAAUGUGGGGAAGUAUUUACUGUGGAAUAAAAAGACGUAUGUAUGUAAUCAUAUAUUAGUAAUAAUGAUUAAGGUUGUUAUAAUAAGUGCAUGCAUGUAGAAAGAGGUGGUACGCAUUAUUACUUAUAAUUAUUAGAUUCCACUGAGCUCAAUAUUGUGUACAGGUAAGUUAGUGUUGCUAGAUGGUACUGUAAUAGUGUAGUUCGAGUUUGUUUAACCAUGCAGUGGAACUAGCGGACACUCCGCACAACGGACAGUAACUUAAUUGAAUGGAAAAUCCUUAUUAUUGAGACGAAACAACGGACACCGAACUCAGAUUAAACUAACGGAUACUUCGAACAAAACUCUUGUACAAUGAACAAUCUAUGAGUAUUAAACUUUAUUCCAGCACCUCUACGGAUUCACACGUGUAUAUUUACCGUACGUCUGCAUGGAAAUUUGAAAACAUAUUCGAAAAGCUAUAUCAAAAUACCUGGCUAUCACACCGUAUCUUGCAUGCUUCUCUGGUACACUUAAUGCUGCUACGCAGUGGACAGCUCCAAACAACGGACAGCAAGCCUUGGUUCCAAGUUGUCCGUUAUAUCGAGCUUCCACUGUAGAUGGUAUUUACGAAUACCUGAGUUUGUAGAAAAAUAGAAUAUAGAAAGUAUCAAGAUAUAUUAUGUUGCAAUGAAUGAGUACACACCCCUCAAAUCUUUACCUUAAAUUUUAACUUAAUUACAACUUUUCGUAUAGGAAUAUUUCUUGCUGGAGUGAUAAAUAUGCGAGGAUGAUAAAUGGAUCAGGUAAAUAAAUGAUGUACUAUCUAAACCCUGUGUUCUUUUGUUCCCAUUGAAAGAAACAGCAGUGCAAACAAUGCUAUCGCAUUCCUAAUUAAUUUUUCGUUUGGUAGAUAAAUGCCAAAUGUGCAAAUUGAAAUGGUAGAUAAAUGCCAAAUGUACAAAGACUGGAUCUGGUAUUCCACAUAAGUUCAUGUACUUACUCCCCAUGAGCAUCAAUCCUCAAUGCUUCCAUUCAAAAGGCAUCUGUUCCUUCCAUGUGGAAAAAGCAGAUGUCAUCCCUAUUCCAUAAAUAUUAGUACCUGCUGACAUUACUAAAAAUUAACGCCCUAUUUCACUAACUGCCACCUUGUCUAAAACGUAUAUGAACGUUUUGUUACCAAUUGACUGUAACAGCGCUGUAAGGGUUUUCGUCAUCGAUUUUUCAAAAGCCUUUGAUCGUAUAGAUCACAACAUUGUCAUGUAUAUAAGUUAAAAGAAAUGAAUAUUCCACCAACCAUAACUACUGAUUGGAUAUGAACAACAGGCCAAGGGUCCAUUAUCCCAUUCUCGUGAAUAUUUGUGUUCUAGGUGGUGUACAUUACAAACCAUUCUUGUCAAAAGAUGAUAUCAUAUAUGCACUAGUCACAACUGUUUACAGGUAACUAAACGUAAAGAACUAAUGGUUAUAGUCGUUAUAGUAUGGAAAUAUUUUGUAUCAGUUCAUUCGGUCCUUUAUUACUUGUGUGUUUCUUGGUUGGGCGGUGGUAUAUCGCCUUUAAAAAUGUUACAUCCAAGUUGCCCAGUUCGUCAACAGCCUUGCGGUUUUAAGAUGUUGGGAAGUUGAUAACAGGCGAUCAAACCGCGCUUCCAUUCCCACGUCUUAGUGUGAUGUUAUUUGGAAUUGCUUUUAAUUUAAUUGAUACCAUUUUUUUCUUUUCAAAUAACUACAGAUCGUUCAGAUUAAUAUACGACUCGAUAGUGCAUUACAGAGGAAUACGUCUAUAUCGGUUUGCUUUAGACCCAGAACUGUUCAUAUCUGGUGAUAUCAAUGGAAAUAACAAGGGAUUCUGUGUUACGGGAAAAGAAAAGAAAUGCUUACCAUCUGGUAUAAUGGAUCUCAGUCACUGUGAUCCCACACGUACGUAUAUAUAUACGUUACACAGCAUACGAUAUUGUAUAUAUUAUGCAUGUGUAGUAGAUAAGAAACUGACCUGUAUAUAGAACCAGGAAUGGGACAUACCGCCUGCAAAGCAUGACUUGUUCAAAAUGCCUUGCUGUUCUAUUUGCUUUAUAUACUGUAAGUAUAUUGUGAAGUAUAUCCAUUAUUGAAUUUUAAAAUGGUAUAUACGCACGUUGGUUCUCUGCCCAGGGAUUCGAUUCCAGCAAUAUGCAGUUCUAGCUUCCUCCACAGGCAAUUAUGUGGGUUUCCAAACGGCUAAAUUUCGUUAAAUUGUUUAGGUACCACAGAAUAGGCAAUUCCAGCUAUACAGUAGACUAAAUUUUGAUGUAGGCAAGAAGAACAAAAUCCAUCACCACAGCUAGAAAGAGCAUGUUAAAAUUAGUAAAAUUACCAAGUUUGGCCGCAAAAUGUUAUAAAAUGCGGAAAAUAUAGCCCUGCGAAAUUUGCAAAUUUUGUAUUAAUUUUAACGUACAUUAAAAUUUAGUCUAGAGCUGGAAUCAUCCAUUACCUGCGAACUAGGAGUCUAUUGCAGUUCUGUGAUUAUAAUUUCUACUUCCGACGAAGGUGCUUUUCCCAAAUAAACAUUUGAAAGCUUUUGCAGGAUUUCAACGUUUGAAAGGCCUUUGUUGGAAGGCGACGAUGAUCGGGAUCCGUUUCCCGACAUGUAUAUAUACAGAGUGUAUCAGAAUGAAUUAAAGUAGACAAUUUUCAAAUGACCUUGAAACUGAAAAUUAGGAAAUGUUGGCAAAACUAUUUCCCUUGAAUAAAUAUCCUUGUUAAAAGUUUUCUGAUUUCAUGUUCUCUAAAGUGACAGUUUUAAUACUCCAAUAGGCAUUUAUGCGCGCAGGGGGUGAUGGGAAGUAAGGUAUCAUAUUGCUGAUUAUACUGAAAAAUUUCAAUAAAAACUGCUGAAACAACCGAAAUAUUUCAAUAUUUACAAGUAUAAGUUAUCACUCCGUGUUAACACGGCCACCAUUUUUAUUUUUUCAGCAUAAUCAGCAAUAUGAUACCUUACUUCCCAUCACCCCCUGCACGCAUAAACUAAAAGCUGGAAUUGCCAAUAAGUUGUCCAUAAAUAUUCCUGAUUCUGACUAUAAAACCUCCUACCCUACAUUUUAGCUUAUAAUGUUUCAAGAAGUUGUGAAACUUUAACCACGUAAGUUGAUAGUGUGUAUUAUUUAAUGACAACUGGUAAUUCAUCAUUUUUAUCAUGCAGAUGCCCCAGUUGUGGGAUCUCCGCCACAUUUUUACUUGGGAAAUAAAAGUUUAGCGAAUGCUGUAAAUGGUUUAAAUCCAAAUAAAGUCCUUCAUGGCACAUUCUUGGAUAUUGAACCGGUAAGUGACACGUAUAGAACAAAUUGCAAUCUUCAAAUGCCAUAAUUUUAUAAUUUUGAUUGAUAUAUGUUAAAUCAUAAAAUUAGGAGGAUAUUUUUUAUAUGUGAUAUACUUAACACAUUUAUUUUUGACAUAUUGCAGUGCAAUGCAUCUUGUUAUUGCAAACGCAGUGUCAUCUUGUCAUUGCAAACGCAGUACCAUGUUGUCACUGCAAACACUGCAAAAUAAUGCGAUUAGGAUGAAGAGAGAUUUUAAAUGGCACACCGAGGAGAAAAUGAUGUUAUUGGCGCUAAUUUGAAAGCAUCGUUGCAUGAUAAUUAUUUUGUGUUUCUCAACCGGCAUCAGGGCCGCCGAAAGGUUGCGCGGGCGGAGGCCCAGGACAAAACUUUCCUAGGGGGGUCCCAGUUGGUCCUUUGAGCCGGAUGUUACCUAUACAACGGGUCAAGUUUCUCGCCCCCGCGUUUUCUACCAAACCAAACAAGGUUUACCCUAUUGAUUAAUAAUCUAGUUAUACUGAAAUUGUACAAGACGCAAACCCUGAAAGGGAUAAGCCUGUUAUCUUUGACUAGUGGCAUUUACCAUUUGGCCGUGUUAUUUAAAUUCUUCUUUUUCGCUAGGUCGAAAAUACCUGUAUAUAUUCUCAAAAGCGUUAAUUAUUUCAUUUGUUCAUAUCUAGAAUACUGGUAUAACAAUGCAAGGAAACAGGAAGAUGCAGAUUAAUGCCAAUUUACGUAACAUUAAAGGCAUCACGUAAGCUUGCUGUCUUCUAAAUGCUGUCUUCUAAACAUUGAUAUUACAAAAUUAGCGUUAACUGCAGGGGCCGGUUGUAUAAAAACUUAUAGCGCUAACUACGUUUUUAUACAACUGGCUCCAGGAGUGCAUGGUUAUUAAAAGAACGAAAUGAGUGAUUUAUUUGGUUAAGCUUAUAGAUAAAAACCGCUCUGAGAUCAGUAAACCUAUUUAAUGCGGUGCAAUAAUACAAGGUUUACUGAUCUCGGAGCAGAUUGUUUAUGCAUGAAUGAAAGAUAAAUCCAUGGAGACAUUGGUAGCCCAGUAUUGCUUUGAUGUCCUAACAAAUUUUGAUCAAUUAGUAUAAUUCUAAUUUUUAAUCUAUAUAAUCUCUCUGCAAAUUUGAAUUGUUUUGUAUUCUAUGUACCAAUAUUGGUAGCUCUGUUUGAAUAAAGUUUGUUUAUUUGAAUAAUUACCAUUUGCAAUAAUUACCCCAUGGAGGGGGGAUGGAAAAAGUAAAUGAACAAUGAUGGAAAUGAACCCAAAGUUUGAAAUCUUCCAUAAUCUCUCCUGGAAAAUGCAGAAAAUAGCAUAAGUAAACUAUUGACAGCUUAGCCAUGCCACAAAUCAGAGAUGAUUUAAAACCCGAAUAUUUUUCUUUAAAUCACUUACAGUUGGUAAGAAAGUUACCCUACCAAAAUUGGGACUGGGAAAAAAUAAUUCUUCUGGUAAUUAUAUAUACCUCUGUAAUUGAAAAUUUUUCUAAAAGUUUUUUUCCCCAAAUAUCUUUCAGAGCCUUCCAAGACACAACCACAGUGUAUUUACCUAUUUUUUGGGGUAACAAAGUGAGCAAAAAUUCUUAUUUAUAUAUAUAUAUAUAUAUAUAUAUAUAUAUAUAUAUAUAUAUAUAUAUAUAUAUAUAUAUAUAUAUAUAUAUAUAUAUAUAUAUAAACGUUUCUUCUGGCAGCAGAGUUUGUCAAUCAAAACUAUUUGUUUGGCGGGUACAGGGCGUAGCGAGGGGGGUAUUAGACAGAUUUAGAUCGAGGACGCGGACGUCAAAGACGACGUGAAAAUAGCGUCAAAAUGGCGUGGCAUAUCAUGCAUACAUGGGCACAACACGCCAUUUUCACGUCGUCUUUGACGUCCGCGUCCUCGAUCUAAAUCUGUCUAUUGGGGUGGGGGGUGGUUAACCCUCCCCCCAACUUUUUUAGAAUUAACAUAUUCGGAAAAUCAGGUUGGCCAUUCGGAAAAUUACGGCAAUAAUAGUAUAACAAAAUUAUAGUUGUUAAACAGAGAAAAUAUAAUAUAAUUGUAUUGUCAGCACAAACUGAUAUACGAAAUCAUGGCAUUUAUGGAUAACAUUUAACAAAUUCUAAAUCGGUAAGUCUUUUUCGGUUUAUUACUUCUCAGGGCCGUAGCAACCGGGCUGGGGGGAGGGAAUUUUCUAAUAAUCAUUCUUUUUUCAAAAUCAUGCAGACCUUUAUCAUUUAAAUAAUAUAAAGAGUUUAAAAUACUGACAAUUGAUUAAUUUUAAGCGGCUACAUUAUCCAUGACAAACUGCAAAGAAUCAUAUUACCCAUACUUUCCUGCAACUUCUCCAAUAUACAGGGUGUAUCAAAAAAAGCGCAAUCCUCGACUGAAAUGUAAAUUGCUAAACAAAUAAUACACGAAAACGUUAAAGUUUACAUUCAUUUUAAAGCGUAGCCAUUCAGCUUUCUAACAGUGGGUUGUUUCUUAAAUUUGACCCAUUGGUUCUCGGGUAAUAAUACUUUACGUUAUUGCGAUUGGAGAUUAAAAAAAUUGAGAUAGAAUUAACAAAUCGUUCUCAUCAAAAUAACUGUUUUUUUCAUUAAAACAAAAAAAUGUUGCAUUUUAUUAAAUGGAUUGUAACAAUAAGUAUAAUUACGGCUUUUCUUCCACUAUUUUUAACUCAGUUUGAAACUUCAAAUGCGAUAUAAUUUUGGCUUGGACCAUCCAAGCCGACUGACAUCAACUUGCUAUAAUUUCUGUUUACAUUACAUCGCAAUUCGAUGACACUCUGGCUCAGACACCAGAAUGUUUUGACGAUUUUUAGCAUUCGUUUAGGAUUUUCAAACAACCUGGUCUCUUUUAAAAUACUUUUACGUUUGUUCUUACGUGGUUUUCCAGAUGUAAUGACGACAACAUUAAAGUUUAAAGAAGAAAAUUCUAACAUUUAAACCGACUAAACAAUAACAUAGUAAACCUGCAUAAUUAAACAGCAACUAAAAAUGAUAGGUUUUACUAAAUCUUUUCCUGUGCAAUUAUUACUAGCAUUGGAGACAAGGAUAAUAGUUUAUUUGAACGAGAAAAGAACAGGCUUUGAAGUAAGCCUAAAAGCGUUUAACUAGAGAUAGUAUUUCGAAAGUUAUUAAGCACAAAAGAUGAAUUGCGUUUAUUUUGAUACACCCUGUAUAGUUAAUUAAAUACGCCUUUGCCCAUUUAGUACUACUAAAUUGUAAGCAAAUUGUAAAUUUAUACUAAAACGCUGUUUUCUGACCAUCAGAAUUCUGUCAAAACUUUCCCAAAGUCCAGGAAAUGGCAUUUCAGUAACUCUAAAUUUAUAAAUUUCCUCGGGUCAUUGGCCCUCGUUUUCAGCCCCCCAAUCUAAAAGAGCUUUCUACGGCGCUGCAUGCUACUUUAAUAUGUCUGUGCGUAAAAUAAGCGUAUUUUUGUUUGUAAAUCGCGUCUUUAUUUUCUGGAUAGCAAACACCUUCGUGGCUUCGUAUGCCAUGAAAUAUUCGGAAUUUUUUUACGUCAUUCGGAAAUUUUUGGCCUACACCUCAACUAUACAUGCCAACUACGGCCCUGGGCGGGUAAUAACUUUUGUAGGCGUGGCGUCAAACAAAUUGUUUUGAACACGAAACUUUACUGUUUUAGCUUCAAAAUCAAAAAGAAAUGGAGGCUGUAAAUAAGUUUGGAAGGUGCUACAAACCUGGCAUUUCUCUUUCUGAUUUACUUUUACCGUUGCCAUUUUGUCAUUACCAUGCAUGCAAUAAUAUUAUUAUUAUAAGUCUUUAUUAUAAAAUUAGAAUCACAAUUAACAUACAUGUGUCUUUACAAUAUUACAGAUAAAAUUACAGCAAUCAUGUACUAACUACGAACUAAUGAAUUAUUAUAGCUAACAAUAACUUUAUAAUGAAUGAAGGUAUAGAUAAAAAUUAAAGCAUUACGGUUAAUAUUAUGCAAUUUACAUUUGUGGAUCAUUCUUAAAAAUAAUUAAACAGACAUCUAUUAAAAAGGACGGUUUGAAACGUUCAGUUUUAACUUUUGGGAGAGUAAACGGAUGCCCUCGUUCUCUUAAAACCCUAUGUCUCUUUUCCGGAAGUAAAUCAUAUAAAGCGUAAUCAGGAUCAUUCAUAAUUUUAUGAAAUAAUGUUUUGUCCCGCUCUUCUAUCAGGACAGACAUUUUAUAUUCCUUUGAAACGUAUCCAUAUCGGUGGGCUAGUCUGAAGAAUUUAUCAAUGCGCUCCAAAUAUUUCUUUUGCAAGCCCGAACCCCAAACUUCAAUUCCAUAAUAGAAUAAUGAUAUAAUCAGCGCUUAUAUCGAGAUGAUCGCGAUAUAAUCAAGAUGAUCCUUGGAAUAGCCAUACGACUUGCAUACUCGUAACUAAUAUACAUACGGCUUCCAACUUUCGAUAACAAGUUUUCAUGAUUCGAACAGAGUCAACCGAUGUUUGUUUUCUAGCCAUUUAAGUCAGUGGUAUUGACACUUUAUUGGGGAGUUGUUGUAUUUGUACCCCCUUCAUACGGGAACUGAUCAUUUCCUAUGAUAGUCUUCGUAUGUGACGAUAUCCUUAGUGUGAAAACAGUAAAAUUUAAGUUUCGUGUUCUAAACAAUUUGUUUGACGCCACUCCUACAAAAGUUAUUACCCGCCAAACAAAUACAUUGACAAACUCUUCUGGAAGAAACGUUUUAAAACCUAGUUAUAAAUGCACGCUUCAUGGAAGCUCGAAAAUGGUAGUAACGAUAUAUGAAGGCAUUAAAUUUCUGUUUUAGCACGGUCGUAUUUCUGAAGAAGAUGCUGAUGAUUUUAAACGUGAUGUUCGCCUACCACUAAGGUUAUCUCGAGCUGCACCAUUUGUGUUGUUUGGACUUGGCGCUAUUCUAAUAUUGAUUGCUGGGGUAAUUUCUUACCGUCGACACCACAGGAGGGUAAGUGAAUCAUGCUCAAUAACUUAUUCUCUUAGCUGCUAUAUUCAUAUCAGGCGUCUAGCUCGAAAAUCUUUCCCUUGCAUGAAAAGAAGAUUAGAGUUAACUGGCUUUGGGAUAUGAUUUAGACCAAAUCUACUAAAUUUUGCAUGUGCUUUAUUUUACGUAUAUCUUGAAGCCGCAAUAUAAAGACGUGAAAAAGCCCCGACUCAGCCUAGUUUGCCAGGUCUGGUAAACAUUUAUACUGUGGACCAGUCGGACUACCUAGGUCUAAUUCAUCAAUCCGUAGUGUAUAGCCGCCUCGUGGUUUUUUCCGUCUCGGCAAUGAGAAUAAAACUACAAUUUCUUUGGUGGACACAAGGAGUAGGAUUAAGGAUUAUUAGGUUGAAGAAUAAGGAUUAGGAUUAAGGAUUAGGGACUUUUUAGAGUUAAGAUUAAGAAUCCUAUAGUUCAUGUUAGCAUUACUACAUUUUUAUUGUGAAUAAAGUUUCCAUCAUAAAGAAGUGCUUUCUCAAAAGCCACGGAUGUUAAAUGUGUCAAUCCCCACAGGAAUUCAUCAACGAGCUGUAUUCUAUAGCUUUUAAGCGUUUAUCAUGUACGUACGUAUAUACCCACAGAAAGGUAUAUAAAUCGUUCUCAAUUUUAAACUUAUUAAAACAUUAAAUCGCACACAAAAAUAGAUGCUGUCCUUUUAUUCAGCUAUAUAAGAUGACAUUUAAAUUUAAAUGGAAUUAAAUUUUUUUGUGUGUAAAUAUACGUACCACUAACCCGAUACACAAGCAUGCAAAACGCUUAACUGGAACGCAGCUCUUUAUCAACCAUAUGAAGUACAAAUGUGUCGUCGUACUACAAUCUACAUGGAACCUUGCUACAAAUGUUUUGCGUUCUAUGGCAUUAUUUUAUCUUUGUAAUUUUUAGCCGGUUGGAACAAGCGAAGAAAAGGUUCCUUUGGUCCUAAGUUCACACAAUAAUUAG